AUGCCUCCGAAGGGCCGUAGGGCACUCGGACGGGUGGUCGGAGUUGUUCACGGCAAUCGGAAGACAUCUGAUGCCGCAUUGGAGGUGUUGAAGGUCUUCAGACCACAGGUUGUGUACUUGGAGGCGGAUUCAAAGUCGUUCAGGUUAACGGCAGAAG